AUGCCUCCUUCUGUCUGCGAGCCCGCUCGCGCGUUCAGGCGCCCCGACGGAUCUAACAAGUGGUGGACAGAACAUGAGGAAGAGGUCCUCGUGAACCGAAUCCUCAGAGACGACCCUACGAAAGGCGACAUGAACAACCGAACUGCCGUAACUUUCCACGGUCUCUGGACAGCACUGACGACUGUGAACCUAUGGCCCAUUUUCCUCGUUGGCCUCUUCGCCUGGAUUCCGUUUCAACCGACAGCCAACUACCUUUCACUCAUCCUUCGCGACAUGGGAUACUCUGUCUUCGAGUCCAAUAUGCUUGCGAUACCAAGCUAUGCCCUAUUCGCCAUCAAUGCAAGUAUAGUCGGACAAAAAGUACCCAAGCACAAAACACUAAUAUCUGAUGUUCAGGUUCUGAUCUUUGGUUGGUUAUCCGAGUAUUUCAAAGAACGCUCCAUCAUAUCGUCCUGCAGCAAUAUAUGGAUGCUUCCUUUCUUCAUCGCACUUAUCGCUCUGCCCGAAUCGGCCAACCCCUGGGUCCGGUACGCCUUGCUCACCGGAAUCAACUCGAUCCCGUACACGCACUCCGUGCUCGUCGGAAUGGCGAGUCGCAACUCACGUAGUGUGGGUACGAGAGCAGUCGCAACAGCUGUGUACAACAUGACGUACCAGAUAGGCAGCAUAGCUGCUGUCAACAUCUAUCGAGACGAGGACAAGCCGUACUAUUACACCGCUAAUAAGACUUUGAUUGGGCUUUGUAUAUUCAACAUUCUCCUAUUCAUUGGCAUGAAGCUAUAUUACAUCUGGCGUAAUCGUAUACUUGAGAGGAGAUACGCAGAGGCUUCAGAGGCAGAAAAGCAGAAGGCUAUCGAUAUGCGAUUUGCACACUAG